AUUGACAGUUGACACUUGACAGUUUGUUGUUUGUGUGAAUUUAAUUUGUGAAUCAGAAAUUCCUUUGUAAAUCGGUUUAGAUUUUAUCCAAAAUUAUGGCAGAUAUACAAGUAAUUACCCAAGAUUAUGUGAACGUGCUCAUCACGAAGUCCGACAGCGAAGAUGCUGCACCCAUCGAGCGGAGAUUCAAAAAAGGAAUUACCAUUCUGGAGUUUAAGACAAAAUUAGAACUUGUCACCGGCGGAUCCGCUGCUACUAUGAAACUGAAGCUAUAUGACAAGAAAAAUGGCUACAUAUGCGACAUAGACAAUGAUGAAGCUCUGCUUGGAUCAUUUCCCAUUGAUGAUGGCAUGCGGAUACAUGUGGUGGACAAGUUUGCUCUUCUUCAUGACUUUGGAUCCUCUGAAAGUGCUGAAAGGUUCCGUUUAUCCGAAGAAGAGUAUCAGAAGAAAGGUGACACUCUUCGCUCUUUCCUGCAGAAGAACAAACUGGGCAAGUAUAAUGAAGAGGAGAUGGUUAAACUCAAGGAACAGCAGCAGAAGGAACUGGAGGAUGAGGCUAAGAUAGCAGAAGCAGUACUAGUGGGCGCUCGAUGCGAAGUCCGCGUGCCCCAGCAACCGGUACGUCGCGCCACCGUCAGGUACAACGGCCCCCUGGAAGGGGCGAAAGGUCUGUGGAUCGGGGUGCAGUAUGAUGAGCCCCGUGGCAAGAAUGAUGGAUCAGUAAAUGGCAAGCGUUAUUUCACAUGCCCCCCGAAGUACGGUGGCUUUGUGAAACCUGUCUACGUGACCGUCGGUGACUUCCCAGAAGAGGAGUUUGACCUGGAUGACGAGAUAUGAUCACAUCACAAAGUAAACCGCAACCAUUAGGAUACAUACAAUAUUGUAAUUUGUGUAACAGCUCAAAGACUGGCAUUUUUGUAAGGUGUAACAGAAUAAACGCAAGACCAAGGAAGUCAGGUACUGUAACCUCACAAUGCUGAACAACUUUUGAUUUUCAAACUAAACAAGAUUUGAGAGUCAACUUUUAUUAAUGAAAGUUGUUUUAGGAUUCUUUGCCUACUCAAAGGCUGAACUGCACUGCACUUCCUGAAUAAUGAUAAAAUAUGUUUUUUAUAUUGGUAAAU